AAGGAGCGCGGGGCUGGGCGCGGAGGGCCAGUCUCCGCCUUGCAGCUCCGGUGCCCGCCGCGCUGCCGCUGUCUCUGCGUGAGCCUCCCUUCCUGCCGUGAUCGCCACCAUGCCCAACUUCGCCGGCACCUGGAAGAUGCGCAGCAGUGAGAAUUUCGAUGAGCUACUCAAGGCAUUGGGUGUGAACGCCAUGCUGAGGAAGGUGGCGGUGGCGGCUGCGUCCAAGCCGCACGUGGAGAUCCGCCAGGACGGGGAUCAGUUCUACAUUAAGACGUCCACCACCGUGCGCACCACCGAGAUCAACUUCAAGGUCGGAGAAGGCUUCGAGGAGGAGACGGUGGAUGGACGCAAGUGCAGGAGUUUAGCCACUUGGGAGAAUGAGAACAAGAUUCACUGCACACAAACGCUCCUGGAAGGGGACGGUCCCAAAACCUACUGGACCCGUGAGCUGGCCAACAACGAGCUCAUCCUGACAUUCGGCGCUGAUGAUGUGGUCUGCACAAGGAUUUAUGUUCGAGAGUGA